ACUCAAGUUUCGGAAAUAGAUGGCGAGUGGUGUUUCCUGAUCCAACUAAUGUGUGUGUAAUUUUACACUCAAGUUGAGUUAAAUUGUUUUGGUGUUUAAUUUAAUAAUUGUUUUCAUUUAAGUUAAUCAAUAAUGGGUAUUGAUAUUUGCCACAAAAAUGACCGAAAGGUUAGAAGGAAAGCACCUAAAAGUAAGGAUCCUUAUCUUCUGCUGUUAGUUAAGCUGUAUCGUUAUCUUGCUCGUAGGACCGGUAAAAAGUUUAAUAACAUUAUUCUAAGACGUCUGUUUAUGAGUCAAACAAAUCGAGCUCCUAUUUCUCUAAUGGGUUUGAUCCGUCAAGUUAAGAAGCCAGGUAAUGAGAAUAAAAUAGCUGUCAUAAUCGGGGAUGUAUUGAAUGACAUUCGUGUCCACGAGGUUCCAAAAAUGACUGUCUGUGCUCUCCGAUUCUCAAAGCAAGCUCGAAGAAGGAUAUUAGAAGCUGGUGGAGAAUGUUUAACCAUUGACCAGCUCGCUGUCAAAUCUCCAACCGGUAAGAAUACACUUCUUAUCCAAGGACGAAGAACCGCUAGAGAGGCUUGCAAACACUUUGGUCCAGCUCCUGGUGUUCCACACUCUCACACUAAACCAUAUGUUAGGUCUAAAGGACGUAAAUUUGAAAAAGCUCGUGGACGAAGAGCCAGUCGUGGUUAUAGAAAGUAAAAUCUUAUGGAUUUGUAAUUUGAUUAAUGCGUUAAUAUGGAUUUCGCUUGAUUUUGUUGACGCAAGUCAAUUGUAAUACAUUAAUCGUUUGAUAAAAUCAAUAAAUUAUUAACGAUUGAA